AUGGACGUCGACCUGUCCGCAGCCCUGGAGUCCACCUCCAAGCCCCAGGGGGCAGACCUGGUGGGAGACCCCAAGCACGCCCCCGACAAAGUUGAGGGAGCUGAUACGGAACGCCACGGCCACGGCCACGGUCACGGCGGCCACGGUCACGGCGGCCGCGGUCACGGCGGCCACGGUCGCGGCGGCCACGGCCACGGCCACUCCUCAGAUUCCAGCGGCAGCGCCAGCGACUCAGAAAAUGAGGCGAAGCCCUACGCUGCCGCCGCCGCCGGCUCUGAGAAGCACAAAAGCGCCCUGGGCAAGGUCAAGAAGCCCAAGGUGAAAAAGGAGAAGAAGAAGGAGGAGGAGGAGAAGGAGUAGGGGGAGGGCGAGGGCGAGGGCGAGGGCGAGGGCGAGGGCGAGGGCGAGGGCGAGGCUUCCCACUGA